CGUUGAUUGCGAUAUUCGAGGCUGUCUGCUUCUUCUACUUGUAGACUUCGUUUGGUAAAAUUCGAAAGCAACUUGGAUACGCUGGGAAUUUUCAUCUGACUUGAGAGAAUGCCCGUUUCUUUUCUUUUUGCAUAUACGAACAGCUUCUACGAUUCUUGUACUAAUUGGAACAAAGAAAGAACAAACUAUGUCUCGUAUGCAUGAAUCUGGUGAUGUACAGAAGCAACAAAUGUCUGCUUCCAAGAAAGAAAAUGAAGAUAAAUUAUCUUCAUCAAUGUACAUAAUAUUUUUAGUACUAAUUGUUGAUUUGUUGGGAUUUACAGUAAUUCUACCUCUUAUGCCUUCCAUUUUUGAGUAUUAUGAUGCAAAUGAAAAGGACCAUCUAUAUCAUUGGAUGGAAAGCAAAAUUCAUUUUUUUCAAACUUUAUUUGGAGCACCUGGUGAAUUUAAUAAAGUUCUAUUUAGUGGAUUUAUUGGCUCAGUUUUUUCUGCUCUACAAUUUCUUGUUGCUCCUAUUUUUGGAUCUUUAUCAGAUGUAUAUGGACGCAAAAUAAUUAUGAUCAUAUCUAUGAUUGGAAUUGCUAUUUCACAUGCAGUUUGGUGCAUUUCUGAUUACUUCUAUUUAUUUGUUAUUGCAAGAAUAAUUGGUGGUUUAAGUAGAGCAAACAUCUCAUUGUCUACUGCCAUUGUGACUGACUUGUGCUCAGAAAAAAAGAGAAGUAAAGGCAUGGCACUUAUUGGAAUAGCUUUUGCAAUUGGUUUCAUUGUUGGACCUGUCAUUGGUGCCAUCUUUGCUUCAAGAGGUGAAAAGUUCUCACAGAAUUUUUAUGUUCUUCCAGCAAUAUUUGCUCUGACGAUGACUAUCAUUGAUAUAUUUUUAAUAGUCUUCUUUUUUAAAGAAUCUCUUCCUAAGGAGAAACGAGCUUCAUCUAUAGGACAGGGUCUAUCUGAAGCAUAUCAGUUUAUAAGCCCUCUUUCAUUAUUUUCUUUUAAUCCUGUUAUAAAUAUUAAGCCUAAAGAGAAACAGGCUUUGAAAAAAAUUGGACUAACAUAUUUCUUAUUUCUAUUUAUUUAUUCUGGGUUAGAAUAUUCUUUAUCAUUUCUAACCCACAUGCGUUUCAAUUUUACAAGCAUGCAACAAGGAAAGAUGUAUUUAUUUAGUGGCUUGAUAAUGAUUUUUGUUCAGGGUGGAUAUGUGAGACGAAUUCCUCCUGGAAAAGAAAUAAAAUCUGCUGCAGUUGGAGCUUUACUGAUCAUUCCGGCAUUUGUACUUAUUGGAAUCUCAAACAGAGUUGAAAUUUUAUAUUUAGGACUUGCUUUAUACGCUUAUGCUUCUGCAACUGUUGUGCCUUGCCUCACAACUAUUGCAUCCAAAUUUGGUUCCACGAGCCAGAAAGGUACUGUUUUGGGUAUUUUCAGAUCUUUAGGAUCAUUAGCAAGAGCAUUAGGUCCUCUUGUAUCUGCUGUUGCAUAUUGGAGCUUAACACCAACCGUUUCUUAUUGUAUUGGCGGAUUGUUACUUAUUAUACCAUUAGUUUUGAUACUGAAUCUGAACAAGGAGCUUCCAAAAGUUUUUGAAAAAGGAGAUUAGUUUGAAAUUUUUCUAUACAAAAUUAUACUCUGAGCACAAAUAUAUUCCACUUUUAUUUUUUACACAUCUCAUUUUUCUACUUCUUAUUUAUGCAUUGUUACAUGGAUUUAAUGGUUUAAUAAAUAUAUUUACAAGGUGUUAA